AUAAAGGUAUCUUAUCUUAUCUUAUCUUACAAAGCAGGAAGUGAGAAGAGAGAGUAAAACGGGGAAAUGCAGAUACAAAUGAACUUAAUACAAAGAAAGUGACACAAGAGAAUGGAAACUACAUGAAAAUAUAAUCACAACUAUAAGCAGGAAGCAAAAAACAAAACAAAAACAAAAAAAUAACCCCAAAACAUAAAGCAAAUAACAACAUAAACUUGGAAUCAACAGAAAAUAUUAAAGACCAUAAUUUAAAAACAGGCAAAUGACAAGAACUGUGACACAGCGUCAUUGUCAUGCUGGAAAAUGAAGCUGUGACCAAUCAGAUUCUGUCCAGAUAGUUUUUCAUGGUGGGUCAAAUUCUAAUGGGACUUUUCUGAGUCAUAAUUCAUCCGUUUUGGAAAAGAUCUCCAACACCACUGACUGAAAUGCAGCUCCAACCAUGACAGAGCCUCCACCUUGUUUUACAGAUGGCUGUAGACACUCACUGUUGUGACUCAAGACCUUUGCUGCAUAUUUACACUUCUAAAAGACUCAUUUAGCAAACAUUUUUACUCUGAAUUGUUCUCAUUUAAACAGCUGAACUGAAACACUUCAGCACAAACCUUUAUGAAUUUCCCUGUAUGUAUAAAUCUGCAAGUCAUCCUAAAUAAGACAGAACAUUUCAAAAAUAACAAAAAAGCCCCAACAAAGAGCUGUGAAGUGAUCUGAAAGGACAUAAAGACUAAAACGACUUGACCAGUAACAGCGGCUACAUCUAAACUUUUAUUCUGUCAAUCAUUUACAGCUUCGCAAUCAUGACCAGAAGCUGUAUCUAGGUUACCGGUGCACGAUGAGGAAGUGCUGCAGGGUACCUGUGAAUGAAAAAAGCCUUCCUGUUUGGCAGUUUUAGUCUGGUUUUCUUUCUCUGAAGGCGACUUGGGAGGUGUUCCACGAAAGCACCACUCAGAGGGAGCUGCAGGUGCUUGUUUAGGAGGUAACCCAGGAGACGAAGGAGGGAAAAAACUGACGACUUGUGAGACGAGAACAGAACAACAGCAAGACUGUGCUGGAGCACAGAAGAGUAAAACAUGACAGAGGUGACAUCGCCCACCUUCCACCUGUGUUCGGUCUCCUGUUGACACCUUCAGUAGGAUCAGGAAAUCCACUGCUAUGACCUACCUGGCUCACACAGGCCACGCCCAGUUUGGUGCUCUCGGGCUGGCAUGUUUGGGAUGGAUGCUCACCGGCGUGGCUCUUGGACUGAUCCAGUGGAGGGUGUGGCAGGUAUCGGACAGGGCGGUGAUCACCUCCGGUGUGGCAUGGGUCGGACUCUGGAGGGUCUGCUUCGCCAGCCACACCGUGGUGAGCGAGGGCUUCAAGGUUAUGUACUGCAGGUACAUCAUGCUCACCGAUUCCUUCACGCCACCUGAGAUUGCUGCAGGUCAGGUCCUCAUGCUCCUGUCUCUGCUGGUGGGGGUUUGUGGGAACGCUAGUGGUGUUUACUCCAUGAGGAUCGUCUACUUUGGGAUAGGUAAGAACUCUACGGUCCGCCGCGGCUUCAUCCUCACGGGACUGCUGUGCCUCCUCGCUGCUGCGAUAUCGCUCGUGCCUCUCCUCUGGAAUCUGAGCGCUGUGGUGACCAAUCAGACCAUCGAGUUCCCGCCCGAGUUUAAACUCCCCCCAGCACCUGAAUCUCAGCACGUGGGAGGCGGCAUUGGUGUCGGGAUGGCAGGAUCGGUCCUGAUGAUUGUCUCUGGGAUUAUUUUCUGCACAUACCGAUUACCAAAGAGGCCUUUGAGAGAGCAGGUGCACCAGGAAAAUGACACCCGGGGGGAAGAUAACCCCACAUUUGAGUUUCAGGAACACUUGUGAGGAGUUUGUGUGUGAUAAAAUGGACAAAAAAAAAAAGGUUUUUGCACAGACUUUACACUCGUUUCUUCCUUUUAACUCCUCAAAUGUUUACACUGACUCAUCUAGUUUUAUAAUCUCAAGGAGGAUGACUCAUCUGCUGACAGCAAACACCCAUAACGCCCUCACCUUCAUAUGCCUGAGAAGCAGGAAAAUGAAGAUAACAUGUUUCUUACAAAACAGACAACUCUUUAACUUAUGGUUUAAAAUUGGAGCCAAAAAAUCCCCCUUAUAGACAAAAGCUGUUAAGCUACUUUAAAAACUGCAUUGAUGCAUUAAUAACGCUCAUCUGCUAAAUAGCUGAAUGUAAAUGUUACACAGUGUACUGAAUAAAUUAUUGUGUGCUGAAAUUAUUUUAUUACACUUCCUUUUCAGAUUACGUCACAUUUUCAAUGUUUUAUUGCACCUCGACUGAAGUAAAUGUGAAAGUGAGAAUACUGUGACGGGGGUCUAUGUGUACAGCGAUACCUUUAAUCUGCAGAUUUCUGAAAACAGCUCAUCAAUAAAUUAAACACAAACACGAGUCACAAGAAAGGCACUAAGUGUCCCAUCUGUAAGCUGUGCUGUGGAUGAA